AUGAACCACCGUGCCGUCAAACCGCCGUUGUACGCCCUGCUACUGCUGGUCACCCUACAGGUGGCCCUACCGGAAGGGGCGCACGGUUGCAGCAUGAUGAACAACGAUAACGCCGAACAACGGGGUGCCCUACUGGCCGAUCCGGCCACCACCAAAAAGAUGCCCGAAAUCUCCAUGCAGGACGCGGUGGCACAGUGCAACCGUACCUUCGUCAUCCAGCCCGACUACCUGUCCGAGCUGAACGAAACCGGAAGCUUCCCGGACGAAACCGACCGGAUACCGUUGUGCUUUAUCCGGUGCUAUUUGCAAACACUCGGCAUCCUGACGGAGGACGACAAGGUUAACAAGGAGACAGCGCUGGCACUGAAUUGGGCCACCUCCGGCGAAACUGUGGACGAGUGCCUGGACGAGAUGACUGGAUCCGGCUGCGAGAAGGCAUACUUCUUCACGCGCUGCAUCAUGACACGGGCCCUAGUGGAUGGGAAAAGCAAGGAUAAUAAGUAG